CCUUCUAGAAGAGUAACACAAGUCCAUACGCCAUUCACCGCCUAUGCAUGCGGUUCUUCUUGGGAGAUGGAUCCAUUAUAAUUUUCCAGACUUCUGCCAACGCCAUAGCAGCACAGAAGAAGGUUUGCGUGGCUGAAUUCACAAUCUUGACGGAGAAGGAAGGUCGUCGAUGCAGCCCUGACGAUAUGCUGGCUUACGGGAGGAGGCUCAGCUCCCUUGUUGACGACUGUCCGGACGCGUUCAGUUGCCUGACACGACUCAAGCUAGAGAAUCUUAAUUUAGGUGAGUCAGAUUUCCCUAGAAUUUUCAGGUUGUGUAAGCUACUGCAGUUCCUCCACUUGGACAACUGCGACAUGGGGUUUGGGUCCUUGCUGGAGGUGGAACACCCGCGGCUCCGUGAGCUUGAGGUUUUCCGGAGUGAUUUCGAGAGGGUUGAUUUGAACUGGCUGCCGGAGCUCACAACGCUGGCAUUUUCUACUUGGCUAUCUUUGGAUGAUCCGUUGUCUUUUGGUUAUGUCCCGCAGCUCCACACCGUGAGCAUCAGAAAUCCGGCUCUUUCAUGGCAGAAGAUGCUCAAACUAAGCGAAUUUCUCGGCAAAGCAACCGUGAGCAACCUGACUCUUGGCUUUGAAAAGGAAAAAAUCUGGGUUAAACCUGAAGACCCGAGAGAAUUGUCACGCGUGUUCAGCAAACUAAGGCUUGUGAAUUUAGCUGCCAUUUCAAAUGAAUGCGAUCUGACUUGGACGGUGUUUAUUCUGCAAGGUGCGCCUUCCCUUGAGGAGCUAUGCAUCAGGGUUUGCGACUGCUCGGGGGUGAGGAAUAAGGAAAAGAGGAAGAACCUUGGGUAUAGCGAGGAGAGGAAGGACGCGGAUGCAAAAUGGGAAGCAUCGGAUUUCAAGCACAAUAAUCUUUCCGUGCUCAGGAUCUUUGGGUUUCAAUCAGAAGACAAGUUUGUGGGUUAUGCAAGAGCAGUCAUGCACAUAGCAGUCAAUCUGAAGGACAUAUACUUUCAUGAGAAGCCAGCGUGCAAGGUGGAGUGUGCAUACAUCGGCCGACGAAGUAACAAAUACCCGCGGUCAGUCGAUGGAGAAGAUCAUGCUUAGGAUCAGCAUGUAUAGGCACCCGCUUUUAAGGCUUCA